UUCUUUUAACUGUGACAUACAGUAAGAGAUUUGAUUUCUAUACGGGAAGUAACAAAAGGAGAUUAUGUCAUUUCCUGUGUGCUUUUAGUGUUUCACCUCUUAUAACACUGUGGUCUAACUAACAUAUGCGCAACAACACAAGUUGAUUCCAUUUCCCCAUUGUGUGAAGCAAGACAUCUAUGCAGAAAAGGAACUGCCUUAUAAUAAAUAAUAAUAAUAAUUUUCCCAUCAUCUCCCCACAUCACUUUCCCACUGCUGUUAUACACAGCUGCCACAUAAAUAUGAGUCACAUGUGACGUGCAGAUUGACACGAAGGCUGUGGUUUCAAUCAAGUUCUCACAUGCGGCAGAGAACAACAUAUUUUAGCAACGUAUCUAAGCUCAGCAACAGACAGCAUCAAGGAUUCUUCUUUCCUUGUUAUGAGGUGCAGCUAAUGUCAGAAGAAAAGCAGAAGUAAGAAAGCACUACAGGAUGUGCUGAGAGCUAAUCGAGCAGACUAAUGUGAUAAUAAAGGCAGGGCAGAAACACACACACACACACACACACUAAACACGAGAUGAGCAGCUGUGAGACAGCCGUGUGCAAAGUCACCAAAGAGGAUGUGCGUUCAGAGGGAAGCCGACCGCCCAUUUCUAGAUAUCAAAAGCACACUAAACGGCGACGCUGCAGUGCCUCUUUGGUUUUCGUUUUGUUUUUCGGAUGACUUUUGGAUAUUGUGGAUCUGUGGGUACGUGUGAGUAUUGCCGCUUGGCUUUUGGAACACUUUGCUUUGCCUGAUCUAUCGAUAACAAAACUCACUUUAUAUUGUUGAACAAUAGCUUUUUGUUUUACAGCAUCCACAUCCUGUUUGAGAUACGCCUUUACGUGACUCCUUCACGUGACGCCUUUACGUGACGCCUUUACGUGACGUCUUAGUGCGUUGAUGUCUGUUCGCAACUGUACUUCUGCUUCUUUGACCCUUUGGAUUUGAACCAGAUACAGCGACAGUCAUGGAAUAUCAGUAGUUAAACUUUGGCGCUAGAGUUUUAUAAUUAAUCUGCGUGCUGUCCGAGUCAGACGAGGACACAGAAGUCGGAUGUUUUCACUUCUCUGAGCUUCAUUAGCUUGUAGCUGGCACACGUGCUUUGUCCGCUCCGAUGCCUUUAGCCAGACAUUCCGUUUUUGCAGCCAUGUUCUUCAUGCUCGUGGUGUACUCUCACCUAUUAGUGGCUGAUGCAAUAUUGGUGCAAAAUGUCAACACUUCUGUGGGACAAUCAACAUUACUAAACUGCACUCUCAUGAGCCGGACUCCCAUUGGCUUGAAGAAUCUACGCUUUUACUGGCAAGACGACAGACAGCUCGUUUUGUAUUCUUUUAAUGAAGGAAAGGAGAUGCCGGAGCACGUGGAUCAGCUUUAUGGAGAUCGGGUCACCGCCUUCCGACAGGACAUGACAACAGGAAACAUGUCUGUGCUGUUAAAAAACCCAACACUGCGAGACGACCAGAGGGUUUUCAAGGUUUUCGCGGCGGUGUUUCAUACCGGAACACCGAGAAGAUACAUACAUGACCACGAACAAAUCUGUGAAAUUACUUUACAUGUUGGAGUUCCUUACAGGAAUGUCAGUGUGGCUCUAAAUGAAGAAAGAGAGGCAGCAGUCUGUACAGCACAAGGAGGUUUUCCUGAGCCUUUGGUGACAUGGAAACUCCAGCACCUCGCCAGCGACUUCCAGCGCUCUGUAGACGUGAAGGACGUUCACACUACAGCAGUGCAAAACCAUCAGGAUCAUCUCUACAGCUGCAGAAGCACUAUGAACGUCACUAAAGGUCAGGAUCAAGCUGUGACCUGCUUCGUCCACAACCCCACCCUGAAUGAGACUUCGGCGGUCCGCUACACUUUAAACAAUGGAGCAGCAGAGAGGAGCUUCCCUUUCUGGGCUGGAGGUCUGAUGAACAUCGCUCUGCUGGUCUUUGUGUACGUCACAUUUUCCUUGUGACACGUCACUGGACAUAUGAGGUUUUUAGGUGCUAAAAUACAUAGUUGGGAUAUGACAGAUACAUUGGUUGGCUCAUAUUGGCCUAUAAUAUUUAUAUCAAUACUUUUUCUUUACAUAGGACAUAAUGGAGAUAAAGUGCUUGAGUAAUUUAUAAUAAUUAUCUUGGAUUAUAAUUAUUAUAAUUAUAUUAGAUUAUAAUUAUUAUGAGGCAGGGGGCUGUCCUCAGGAGAGUCCCGGUGUGUCCCAGAAGCUGACAAGAAACUGACGGCCUAAAAACCAUCUCAGGCCAUAAGAAUACUAACUGGCCAAGUACCUCAGCAUCUACAGGCCAGUGGCAUUGACAUCUCACCUCAUGAAGACACUGGAGAUGCUGGUCCUCACUCACCUCCUCCAUCUGGUGAGCCCAUCAAUGCACCCACUCUAGUUCACCUGUCAGCCUGGCAUUAGGAUGGAUGACGUAGUCACCUUCGUCCUGCACAGGGCCCCUCUCUCACCUGGACAAGCUUGGGAGGACUGUGAGGAUCAUGUUCUUUGAAACUUCUCCAGUGCUUUCAACACCGUACAGCCUGUGCUGCUCAGGGACAAGCUGGAGCACUCGGGGGGUGGACCAGCACUUUACAUUAUGGCUGCUGGACUACCUUACCAACCACCCACACUAGGUGAGGGCACAGAGUUAUGUGUCUGACAUGCUCCUGGCUCUGUUCCUUUUCACCCUCUACAUUGCAUACUUCAGUCAUCACUGAAGUAUGCACUGAAGGGCCAGAGCAGACUGUACCUACUGAGGAGUGCAGGGGGCACCACUCAGGACCUUUAUCCACUCUGUGUUGGCAUUGACCCUGUUUUAUGGACUGGUCUGCUGGGGCAACAGCGUCUCAACUGCAGACAGGAAGAGACUGAACAAAAUCAUCAAGAAGGCCAGCUCGGUCCUCAGGACCACCACCAUCACCUUGAUGCAGUGCAGGUGGUGGGAGAGAGAGGGCUGAGAGCCAAGCUGUCCUCUCUGCUGGAGAACAUCUUCUGCUGUGAGACUGUACAACCAGCUCUGCUGUCAGCAGUGUUAAUAAAGUGAGCAGUGUACACAAGGAAGGUACAGAGAUGUUUCUGGAUGGCGCACUUGAAGUCAUUUCCUGUUUUUGUGCCACGAGAGAUUCGCCGCUAUCCCGCCCCUUGAGGAGACCAGAGGCAGGUACUUCACGUGGACACAAGCACUGACACCAAAUUAAAUACAGGACCAUCCAUCCAUCCAUCUUCUUCCGCUUCAUCCCGAACUGGGUCGCGGGGGCAGCAGUUUGAGCAGGGAUACCCAGACUACCCUCUCCCCCCCUUCCUCCAGCUCUUCUGGGUGGACUCCAAGGCGU